AUUAAACACACCGAACGCAAGCGAAAACCGGUCAGAAAUUUGAGAAAAUUGUCUCAAAUAUCGGGACAAAAUGUUGAUAAAAGUGAAGACCCUUACUGGAAAAGAGAUUGAAAUAGAUAUAGAACCAACAGACAAGGUUGAGAGAAUAAAGGAGAGAGUAGAAGAAAAAGAAGGUAUUCCACCUCCACAACAAAGGUUAAUUUUUAGUGGAAAGCAGAUGAAUGACGAGAAGACAGCGGCUGACUACAAAGUUACGGGGGGAUCAGUACUGCAUUUAGUUUUAGCUUUAAGAGGAGGCAAAUGAUGUCAAAAAACCAAAAUAUUUCAAAAUACUUUUCAUUUAUUCUCUGCAAAUGUCUCCAUCUCUUACAGAUCAGCAGCGAGAUUUCAGGAAUAUUUGACAUCAGUUACUGUGUGAAUAUAAGCCUGCUAUCUAGAAGUAAAGAUGUUCUGCCAUAGUCAGGAACAUGUGCCUCGACAACUUACAAUAAAUGUAUCCAAUGAAAUUGGGAUGUGUUGUGAAGAUGUCCAUAGCAUACUGGUUUGAAUUUUGUAGGAGAUGUUGUAGAAAAAAGUGAACAUUUGUUUCCUAACUUGCACUGAAAUAUUUUUCCUUUUCCUGUAUAAAAAGAAAUAUGUACCAUUGCUUGCAUGAAUUUAUGCAUGUGAAGAAACAAAACAGAUUUUAUUUUUAUUUUUGUCUUCGUGGAGUGUUUAAGCAAUAGAAAAUGGAAAUAUUUAAAAUAUUUAAACACAUAAUGAGUGAAUUUACUUGAAAGAAAUUGAAAAAAAAUGGUCAAUACAAAUCUUGAAAUUGAAAUACUUAUUAUUAUUUGAGGGGAAAAGUAAAGAAAAAAAUGUUUUGUCCAUUCCUUGAAAAUCCUUGAUAGUAGAAAAACAAACUUGGUCUGUCAAUACAAUAAACAAUAUGCUGUAUGAAAAAAAAAAAAAAAAAAACAAUAUUUCUGAAACAAUGUUGGACUCCAGCAAAAUUACAAUAACAUUUGUUAACUAUGUCUUCAACUCAGAUUUAGCACACAAAAUGCCACAUUUUGUAGAACAUAUUUUUUUUUUUUUUUUCGUUGAUAGUGUGUGUGGAUAUGAACACAUCGAGAUGGAAAAAGAUAAAUCACAUUUGGUGCAAGGUAUAUACGUUGCUGUAUAGAACAUAAUUGUGUUGUAAAUCCACAUGAUUUUUGCUAUUAUUGAUAUAAUAAAUGUCAUUAUCCAAUCA